GUAAAAUUCCCAAAUUUUAUCAGUAAUUUUCUAUGUGGAAAGAAGGUUACGAAGACCCGAUGGAAGGAAUCGAGCCCGUGUGGUCGUUGUAAGGGGAAAGGUGGUGGAGGACGGCUGCAGCGUGUCAACUUGUAUGCCCCGGAUUUGCCCCGGCGCUCGUUUGUUCAUUAGCGAUCUGGCCCAUGCUAAGCAUAUUUUGACAAAAGAAAAGAGAGUUAAAUAUAGAAAAACACGGCCUGUGUCGAGAAUCCCCCGUCUGUAUCUUGCGGUUUUUGCUGGGUUGUCUGCUGAGACCAAAUGGGGCUCCCAUGCCGCCGGAUCCCCUGUCCGGCCCCCGCCAACUUGCUCCGUUGAUUGCUCCGUCAACUCCCCCGGUGCCUAUCAACUUCCUCCGCAAAUUCCUAGAUCCACUCCUCGGUCUACUGGCUUCCGCUCUCACCUGUCGAGGAUUCUUCUUGUCCAUUACAUCAUAUCGAAGCCAUCCGGGAUACGAAUGCCCGUUGCCCCGAGCUAGGCUUUUCCCUAUUCCCCUCGAAGCAAAAGAAGCUCGCCAUCCAGAGGCUGGUCAUCUAGCUCCACCUGAAGUACCUCGCGCCGUUCUAUACCCAGCCCGGCUGCGAGCACUCCCUCCAGGCUCCGUAAGCUAUGUAUAGCCUGCGUAAGG